GCCGGUUUUUAUCUGUUUGCUCUUGGUUUUCUUCCAUAUCCACCUAUUCAUUUAUUUCUCAUACAGUUCUGCAUUAAUCCACAUCCCCGUCGCUCUUUUUACUUACCCACCACUAUGCAGCUUCAAGCUCUCGUCGCUCUUUUAACGCUCAUUGGGUCUUCGAAUGCACACCAAGUCCACAACGCCCAACAUGCUCGCUUGGCAAAGAGGGCUACAGUCAACACUGUAACUACCACUGUAGCUACCACCUCACACUCAUCUUCCGCCGCCGCGACAUCUUCUGCCUCCUCCCUAUUGUCGAUGGCUGCGACAACAUCUGCCAGCGCGUCCUUGCCGUCGGUUUCGUCCAUGGUUGGCACAGGUAUCCCACCGUUGAGCCAGCUUACAUCCGGAAUGCCCUCGCCAUCAACGUUGCCUCCAACUGCCACCUACUCUGGUGGUGCUAGUCCGCCUGUUUCCGGCGUCCCUCCUCUUCCUUCACCAACGUUUGUUUAUAAAAAUGGCGACUGGCCUACCCAGGAUCAAGUUCCUCCAACAAAUUCUUCAGAGGUUCAACAAUGGAUGAAGGAAUUGGAAGCCUUCAACAUCCCUAGCUUCGCUCCCACUGUAGACGGUUCCUGUGGGACUGAUCCCGAUGCUUUAGCUCAUGCUGCUGACCGUGGCUGGUGGACCUGUGGAGGUUAUACGAGGCCAACCGAUAUCACCGCUUGUCCUGAUAAGUUGACGUGGGGUGUCAGUUUCGACGAUGGUCCCGGUCCUUAUAGUACACAGCUACUCGAGUUCUUGUUUCAAAAGAACAUUAGCUCUACUUUCUUCGUCAUUGGAUCUCGUAUCAUUGAACGUCCUGCGGUCUUGGUUGAAGAGUACAUGGGUGGCCAUGAAAUCAGCGUGCAUACUUGGUCUCAUCGCCCCCUAACUUCUCUCACUAAUGAGCAAAUCGUUGCCGAGCUGGGAUGGACCCGUAAAGCUAUCAAAGCCGUUAUUGGCGUGACUCCAACUACCAUGCGCCCGCCAUUUGGGGAUAUUGACGACCGUGUUCGGGCCAUCUCACUGGCCAUGGGUUUAGUUCCCGUGAUCUGGACUCGUACUCCUUCCGGUUCACAAUUUGAUACCAAUGAUUGGAAGGUACCAGGAGGGGUGGUCACCGGGCCUGAGUCAUUCUCAACUUUCCAGUCCAUCCUUGGCAAUGCCACGAUCAUUGACACUGGAUUUGUUGUCUUACAGCACGAUCUCUAUGCCAGCACUGUCGACCUUGCCGUAGGAUAUACUUUACCUCUCGCGAUGAGCUUCAACCCGCAUCUCACUCUGGAGCCUAUUGGCCAAUGCAACAAAAUCCCUGAGAGCAACCUUUAUCGCGAGAGCAACACGAAUACGACAUUCCCCUAUAAAAACGCCACCAGUGGAGACCCUUCGAUCCCAGUCUCGCCUUCCCAGGACACUUCUGGUACAAAUUCGACAAACGCUGCUUCGGAUGCCUUGAACCCUAUUUACAAUAUAGCUGCUGCUGCGGGGAUUGUCAUGUCUACUAUUCUUCUUACUUGACUUCCUAAUAUCAUUACUGACGGACAAUUAAGAUCUGGACCAACGUAGAUACAUCUGUUGAAUUUAUCUGGUUUUAGAGGAUGUCUUCAUGAGCAUUAGAGCAUCGCGUGAUAUUUCAAGGCUACAGCCGUCAUCGAUGUCUAGGCUUAUGACAAUGACGUCCUUAUUUCCUGUUCACGUACGAAUGGUGGUGUUCCACCUAUACUU